GCCAUCGCUCCCCUUCCAUCCUCUCCUUCUAUAGCCAGCCUCCAAGAGAGAGCGAGCGAGAGCCAUGGACUUCGGCGACCACCAGCAGGGGGGCUCCGACAGCCAGCAGCAGCUGCAGGAGCGCCGGAAGCGCCAACGCCGCCACGCACAGGAGCAGGUCCAGAAGUUGGAGGAGUCGUACAAGAAGUACGACCACCCCAAUGAGAUCGAGUGCGCUCAGCUUGGACGCGAGCUUGGUCUGGAGACCAAGCAGAUUGAGCACGAGCGGCUGGAGAACCGCUUCCUCCGCUGGGAGAACACAAGUCUCCGCUCCGAGAUCAUGGCAGUGCGGGAGGCGCUCAAGAACUCCGCCACCUGCCCCCACUGCGUCCUCAAGGACUGCAUCGACCAGCAGGAGCUCAAUCGGGAGAACGCUCGCCUCAAGGCGGGGCUCCUCCACUGCACCACAUCUUUCCAACAGGGCUGGACGUCCGAACGGGCUAAUGGGCUCGGCUCGGAGCUUGCUCCAGCUCGGCCCGACUCAGCUCGGCCCGAGAGCUAAAUAGGCCGAGCCGAGCCACGUGAAAUGGGCCCGUUGGCCGACCGAGUCGAGCCUGUUUUGGCCCGGUCCAGCUCGGUGGCUCGUCCGAAGCCGAAGCCCAGGACGCGACGCAAUCACGCAGCCCAGCAGAGGAGCGCAACCAGCCCAACCCAGCGAGUCGCAUCGUCUCCACUGUCUCCUCCCGCUAGGGUUCGCUGCCGCCGCCACCGCCGCCCCACGCUUCUCGCCAAGCUAUUUCCUGCAUGCCACCACGACGCAUCCUGCCACCGGCGUCGGCACGCACGAGCGCAUCCAGCGGCGGCAGCGCACGCACGCAUCACCAGCCUGUUGAUUGAUUCUUGGACACAAGUACAAAACUUGAAGCACGUUGAUUGAAUCCUGGAGUUGGCUAGAUGCACACGUACGAGAGGAAGCAAGAUCAACUGCUACGGAGGCUAGCCACCUGCGUUCGACGCACCAGACGCCCGACCUCGCCAUGCCGGCACGUCUCCGUCGUGCUCCCCUCAACGCCGUCAAGCCAACCUCGCCUGAGGCGCCCGUACGCCCACGCACCCAGCCUCCAGAGGCAAAACGAGCUGCUCGGGCUGGACCGAGCCAUAGGCAAGACGAGCCGAGCCUCCAGAUGCGGGCUCGUUCAACUAGCGAGCC